AUGGCGGAGGGAGAAGAGGUGGUGCCGGCGAAGUGUGCGCUGGAGCUGCUUCCGGCGGAGGUGUGGUGGCACGUGUUGCAGCAAUUGGAGUUCGGACCGCUGGCGGACGUCGUGCGGCUCGCCCAGGUGUGCCGCACCUUUUGCGCCCUCGCCCUGGGCAGCGAGACUGCGCUCGAGGCGAACACCGGAGCCGUGGCCAGCACUGCACCGCCGCCCUUUGCGCCCCUGCGCACUGCCGCCAUCGCCCACCAAUGGCGCCUCCUGUCUCGCCAGCGCUGGCAGCAGCCUGUGCGCAACGUUGGCCCCUUGGGUCCAUCGCCCCUCAUCCAAAUCAGCACCGGCAUCAUCGGCGAGGCGCUGCUGGCGUCGUACCUGGAGCAGGUGGCGCUCGAGCACGACCUGCUGGUUCCCUCGGCCGCAGCGACAUCGGGAACCGGUGGCCUGACGCUCAAUCACAAGAUACCACCACGCGCGCUCUACGGUCUCGGCUCGCACUUCAGGGAGUCAGAUCCCGGCCGGUCCGAUCAGUCGGUGGUGGCCCGCGCUGUCUUCGCCGAUCUGGAGAACCAGGGCUGGGGAACCUCGAAGCAUCCCUCCAGUGUUCUGUUCGACCGGUCAAACUGCUUCCACACGACCGACAAAACACUAUACGGCUGCUGGCCGCAAGGCCACUACUUGGAGGGCGCCGAGUCCCUCGACGACGUGCUGGACCUGGUCAGGCGGGAGGCCGAGCGCGCCGACACGCUCCAAGCCUUCCAGCUCUUCCACGAUGUUGCAGGUGCCUGUGGCGGCGGAUUCACGACCUUGCUCCUGUCUCGCCUGCAAGAGGAAUACCCCUACACUCUGCUGUCGACGCUGUCCGUGAUCCCCGCUCCCGAGAUGCCGCACGCUCAAGACCCCUAUAACAUCGUCCUCACUCUGUACCAUCUGAUCGAAAAUGCGGAUCUGUGCUUCUACGUCAGCGAAAAGCGCGUCCGCGGCCUCUGCGGGCCUUCGACCAAGCCGAUCGACCUCAUCGCCCGCGCUUUCGCCGGCGUCACGCACCCUCUGCGAUUCCCCACGCGCCAGGGCAACUACGCCCCAAGCUCUCUGCGCAGCCUCGCCCACACGCUGGUGCCCUAUCCGCAGCUCCACUUCCUCUCGCUCAACCACGUGCCCUCCUGGCAGCCGGCGGCGGCCAUGACCCCGCGCGCCCUGGUGGAUGCGCUCUACUACUAUGGCAACCUGCUGGCACCCCGGGAGCAGUGGAUGUCGGGCCGCCUGCUCGCCUCGCACGCGCACUUCCAGCUCGAGCCACACACCAGCAGCGGUGUGGUCAGCGACAUCGAGGAGCCCCUGGCGCAGAUGCAUGAAGUUACCACGACUGUCGCCGCCAAAGCCAAAGGAGGCGAGGCCAAGCUGCCGACGACGACGACCGAUAGUCUAGUGGUAUCAUGGUAUGUGCCCUGGGUCGCCGACAAUGCCAAGCAUUCCUUCGGGCGGUGGCACCCGCGACCGAGCCCGUCAUUCGGUAGCCGUGAGGAUGACGUGGCGGGAACGACUGCUGUGACGGCCAUGACCACGGGCGAGAAAGGCAGUCGCCUGCCGCGAGGCAGCUGCACGCUCGUCUCCAAUUCGACCAGCGUGCGACACUCCCUGGAGACAUCGUACAAGAUCUUCAACGCCAUGUUCAGGCGCAAAGUCUACCUGUACUAUGAGCGUGGGUGCGAGGAGAUGGAGUACGCCGAAGCCAGCUCAAGGGUGCGUGACUUGGCAGUUCGCUACCAGCAGGAGGCGGCCGAGUACGACAGUGGAAGCUUUGGUUGA